AUGUAUGCAGACCCAUGUGGACUCACUGCUCUCUGGCCUCAGCUUAAUCUGGACCAGACGAGAGGUCUGAACUCUGAGGAGAACAUCAUGAAGUUGAAUUUGGCUGCAGCUUUGUCUUCUUUGGCAUUGUUGGUCGUCUGUCUGUCUCCAGUUCGCUGUGUGCAGCGUGUAAACUGUAGAUGGGGCCCUUAUGGAGAGUGGUCUGAGUGUGACAGCUGUUCCAAUACACAGGUGCGAACUCGCGGUGUACAGGUCUAUGCCCAGUUUGGAGGUGUGCCGUGCUCAGGAGAAGCCACACAAACACAAACAUGUGUCUCACAGAAAGGAUGUCCUCUGGCAACAGGCUGUGGAGACAGGUUCCGCUGCACCUCUGGUAUGUCAGUGUGUAUCAGCCAGUCUCUGUUGUGUAACGGAGACCAGGACUGUGAGGACGGCCUGGAUGAGAGAGUUUGUGAGCGAGACAGCAGCCAGUACUCAUGUGAUCUCGACAAAACACCUCACUCUGACAUCACAGGCCGAGGGUACAACGUGUUGACAGGCGAACUGAGGGCAGGUGUGAUCAACACUCUGAGCUUUGGAGGGCAGUAGAAGGUGUUCAGUGGUGACCAUAAAAUCUUUUACAGACUGCCACAGAACAUCCUCAGGUACAGCUUUGAGGUGACAGUAAACAAUGAAGAGAGCGAUGAAUCUUACGAUAGCUCCUGGUCCUACAUGCAGCACAUCCAGAGCAACGCCUUGGUGGGACACGACCGUCGCACUUUCCACAAAGAGCUCACUGAAGAUAAGACAUCCAGAAUUAUAAUCCUGAAGAAUAAAGUGGAGCUCGCCCAGUUCCAAAACUCGGCCCCUCAGUAUCUACCUCUGGCUGAAAGCUUCUGGAAGGCCUUGUCCUCACUGCCGUACACGUAUGACUACUCUGCCUACCGCCGGCUCUUUGAGACAUACGGCACACACUACCUGUCCGAGGGCUCGCUCGGAGGCGAAUACCAAGGCUUUUUGGAGUUAGACCGUCAAAAGCUCGAAUGGAACAGUAUAACAGAAUCCGAGUACCAGAGGUGUUGGAGAAAAGUGAAACGCCGUUUCUUCAGGAAGAAAGUCAAAACAGUCUGUGAAAAACUGACAAGCUCUUCAUCCGACAGUGAUAGACAGAAUGUUAACAAGUUGCACAUUAAGGUCAACGUGUACGGAGGGAAUCCAGCCCUGAAAGAGGUUCUGAGUCCCCUGGAUCUGGAAAACCCAGAAGCCAACGGAGCGCACUACGACAACUGGGCUUCGUCUGUCAGAGACUUCCCUGAAGUCACAGACCAGAAGCUGCGUCCUCUGUAUGAGCUGGUGAAGGAGGUGCAGUGUGCGGGUCUGAAGAAGCUCCAUCUGAAAAGAGCCACAGAGGAGUACCUGGCCGAGGAGCACCCCUGUCACUGCCGGCCGUGCCAGAACAACGGCCAGCCGCUGCUGAUAGGGACCCAGUGCCGCUGCAUCUGCCGGCCGGGGACGUCAGGACAAGCCUGCGAGAGGGGGACUGUGAUCGGAGAACAACCAGGGUUGGUCCAUGGUGGCUGGAGCUGCUGGUCCUCCUGGGGAUCCUGCUCUAAAGGUCAAAGGUCGAGGACCCGAAGCUGCAACAACCCCGCCCCCAGCAGAGGUGGACAGAGCUGCACCGGACUGCAGGUGGAGCAGAAGCCUUGUGAGGACGCAGACAUCCAGUACUUACAGACUAUGGAGCCUCAGUGCUUCAGUCUCUCUGCGACUCCACCAAAGACAUGUGGAACUCCUCCAAACCUCAGGAACGGAUUUAUUCAGAAUCCCAAAGACGUUUACGUGGUUGGAAACACGGUGCAGUACUCCUGCAUAGACGGUUAUUACCUCAGUGGAGAUGCUGCAGCUGAAUGCACUGAAACCCAGAAGUGGAGGACAGGAGCGAUGGUUUGUAAAAGUUCCACAUGUGGGAUUCCUCCACUCAGUGGUAAUGUGACCGCCACACUCACCAAAACAGCCUAUCAGAUUGGAGACAAAGUGUCCCUGUCCUGUCCUGCGGGGUCGGUGCUGGAUGCUGAGGUGUCAGAGGUCAUUUGCAGUCCCAGUCUGCAGUGGUCUCCUUCGCCUGCCAGUGCUAACUGUAGAGCCGCGCCCACUGCUCCGUCUCCUCCAUCUGGCCUGAAGUGUAAGCUGUGGGAGAAUUUAGGACAGACGGAGUGUGUGUGUAAAAAGCCGUUUGAGUGCUCGACUUCUCUGCAGUUGUGUGCCGGAGUCAGCUCAAGCCGAACUCGUUUACUCAGUGUUUGUGCGCUUGGAGCUCUGCGGUGUUUGGGCCGCAGCUUCCAGCUGGCCAAUGACAGCGACUGUAGCUGGCCGGAGGAGACGACCACGUCCUGCGAGGACUGCAAACCGGGGACAAUCUGUCAAGAAUCAAAAUGCGUCUGUCAGAAUGCAGCAGAAUGCCCUGAAGACUCCGCUCCGCUGUGCGUCAGCUCUGGUGCGGGCGACGCUGCCACAACGAUGAGCGAAUGUGAGGUGGGAGCCAGACGGUGUGCCGGGGAGCAGGUCAAUGUCAUUGGUAUUGAUGCUUGUCCAGAAUAAAGAUGGCAGCUUAUUUUACUGUCUCACAGUGUAAAUAAAACAAGGGACGAGAUUUCUUUUGAUGACUGAAUUGUAAAUAGAUGUAAAUAUGUUCCUCUGCCAUCAUGUUAUAUUUGUCGUGGAGGGCUAAACAAAAAAUAUUGAUUCCAAAGUCACUGAUUGUUCUUGUCAUAGAAAGUUAAUAAAACACGUUCUUGGAUUA